AUGAGCUGUCUGAGUGGAGCGAAACGACAACGAACGCAAGCACAAGUUGAUGCUGGAUUUGGGCCAGUGAUCCCUGGGUGCCGGAGUGUUCAGCAAUACCGAAAGCUCAAUCGAAUCGAUGAGGGCACUUAUGGUGUGGUUUACCGGGCAUGCGAUGUGGAGACCGGAGAAGUUGUCGCCCUCAAGCAGCUGAAGCUGACAGCAGUUAAAUCAGACGACGGCUUCCCAAGCUCUUCUUUGCGCGAAAUCUCCCUCCUGCUCGAGAUUCAGCACCCCAACGUCGUGCGAUGCAGGGAGGUUGUUGUCGGCAACUCACUCCAGCACAUCUUCAUGGUCAUGGAGUAUGUGGAGCACGAGCUGAAAGUUCUCCUUUCGAAGCACAUCUUUGCAAUCGCAGAGAUGAAGUGCUUGCUUGUUCAGCUGCUGCGUGGAGUUGGGCAUCUGCACCAGUGCUGGAUUUUGCACCGCGACCUCAAAACAUCUAACAUUCUCUUGGACAAGAACGGGGUCCUCAAGAUUUGUGACUUCGGCUUGGCACGUCAUUUUGGCCAGCCGCUGCGCCCCUACACCCAGCGUGUCCAAUCACUUUGGUAUCGCGCUCCAGAAAUUCUGCUUGGACAGAGGAUUUAUAGCAGUGCGAUCGACAUUUGGAGCGUUGGCUGUGUCUUUGGGGAGCUGUUGCUGCGCCGACCAUUGUUCGAGGGGAAGACCGAGCUGCAUCAGCUCGGUUUGAUAUUCGGUUUGGCCGGCCUGCCCAGUGAGGAAUCUUGGCCGGAAUGCCAGGAACUGCCAAACUGGAAGCUGGCAGACAGCUUCAAAGAUCUCCUCCCAGGCUGGGAGGUUCUUGCCGAGCAUGGAAGUCUAUCAGCCUUGGGUUUGGACUUGCUGCAAUCCCUCUUGCAGCUUUGCCCAGACAGGCGCUCUUCUGCUGAAGUUGCCCAGCAGCACGCGUACUUUGUUGAGGUUCCUCAGCCACAGGAGACCGAAAUGUUGCCAACCUUCAAGGAGUCCAACAGCGAGGGGCGCCGAUCCAAUUCCGGAAGGAUAGUGGAGCAAGCGUUGAAGAUAAGCGAGGUGACCGACGCAUCUGGAGAUGUUGAUGUGGUGUGCUUCCUCAACGAACCAUGCGUGCGCAAGGGUGCUUACCAAGUGCCACACUACGUCGUUGAUGGAUACUACCACGAUGACGGGCCGCCAGCUCUUGACCAAAUUGUAGAGUCCAGUCGCUUCCUACAUGAGAAGUUGCAGGCAAACAAGAAAGUCUUGGUGGUGUGUCCCGCUGGCGAGAAGUUUGCCUCGCACAGGGCCUUUUCGGCACUCUGCACCUCUGCGUAUCCUUUGCUGAUGAAAGGAUGCACCCUGGAUGCUGCUGUGUCUGUUUGGACUGGGCAUGAAGUCGGUUUCCGGCAGCAUUCCUGGGCUCCGCUACACAAGCCAGCGCCUCCCAGACACCUGUCUCUGGCAAAGUGUUUGGAGGCCUUGGACUUGGCAAUCAGGCGGAAAUGGUUGGAUGUGGAGCAUUUCAACGUCCGAGCAUUCAGGGAUUUGUGUGCUGAGUGGGAUGCCGCUUGGGUCAUUCCCGGCCAAAUUCUCCUUUUUGCUGAUCCCGUCACGACAGCAUUGGACCCGGAUCCAGCCACAGCCAGUCAUCUUGUCCCUCCAGAUUCGCCGAACUUUUUCUCUUGGUUCGAGUCCAACCAAGUCACUGCGUUGGUGCGACUGAACAAGGACAGAGAAUCAGGUUUGGACAAGAGCUAUGACCCAAACCUGUUCGUGGAACUCGGGAUGACCCAUAUCCAGGCAGCAUACGAUGACACACAGGGAGGUGUACCUCCCAAGGACGUGCUGAAGAAAGUCAUACAUGGUUGUGAUGGCAUCGAGAAGGCCAUAGCUUUUCACUGCAAGGCCGGCUUUGGGCGCUCUGGCGUUUGUGCUGCCGUCCUCACCAUCCAGAGAUUUGAUGUCCCCGGCGAGAUUCUCUUGCCAUGGUUACGAAUGUGCCGUCCCGGGACCAUCACGACAAUGCAACAGGCCAAAUUCUUGCAAGGGCUUCGUGGCCGCGAUGACGUGAGCAAAAUCAUGUCGCAGGCAGAUGAGUGUUGCACGAUGCAGUGA